CAGGGAAAUAGAAAUUUUAUAUUCAGUUUGCUUGAUUGCAGAGAUUUCGGUGAAAAAGACAAGAGAAGAGAGAGAGAGAGAGGGAAAUGAAAAUAAAGCAGAUUCCAUUUCAAUCUUAAGCUCUAAAAUGCUAAUAAAUACAACAUAAUACAUACUAAAAUCCAUAAAUUUUAUAUUCAAGUAGAAGCCCUCUUACGUGUGUGCCUAUAUAUUCCCAACUUGCUGCAGCUUCUCAUUAUCAAGGUAUUAUCAUUUCCCAAGAGAAAAAGUGAGGGUAGAAAAAAAAAUGGAGCUCAAUCAACAUGGCUACUUAGAGGAGCUGCUAACUUUUAGAAGAGACACUUGGGAAACUAUGCCGAGUUUUCCUUCAGAAAUGAGUGAGCUUUUCUCUAGUGGGUGGAGUUUUGAUUGCUUUGAUGAUAAUCUUGCAGCCACACUCCCUCCCAUUUCUUUCCAUGAAGAUUUAUCUUCUCCUCUUGAUCAAGAAUUCAACAAUUACUACUUUAAUGAAGUUUCCUGCCCGUUUGGCGAUGAAUUCUCGACGCCCCCACUCGCAGAUGAGUUCUCAGCUCCACAGUUUACUGAUUCUUCGUAUAACACUCUUGACAGCCUGCCGUUUCCUGUUCAAGAAGGCACUCCAAUGUCCGCCACAAUGGAGGAUGAUCAGGACCUGGGUCUGCUUCCGAAUAAUGUUCACGGCUUGAAGAUGCAGGAUACUUGCAAAGUUGAGCCGAUUCAGUCACCUGAGAUACCGGUUUUCAAUAUUGGUUCUUGCCCAGAAAGAAAGUUGAGAGGUAAGAAGUUGGAGGGGCAGCCAUCAAAGAAUCUAAUGGCUGAGAGAAGAAGAAGAAAGAGAUUAAAUGAUCGGCUUUCAAUGCUAAGAUCAAUUGUUCCUAAGAUAAGCAAGAUGGACAGAACAUCAAUUCUGGGAGACACAAUAGAUUACGUAAAGGAGCUAUUAGAGAGAAUCCAAAGCUUGCAACAAGAAAUCGAAGUGGGUUCCGAUCAGUUGAACAUGAUGAACAUUUUGAAGGAUACAAAAGCAAGUGACUUCAUAGUGAGAAAUUCACCAAAGUUUGAUGUAGAAAGAGUAAAUGAAUCAACUCGCAUUGAUAUCUGCUGCGCAGCGAAGCCAGGGCUUUUGUUAUCAACAGUAAAUACUUUAGAAGCAUUAGGCCUUGAGAUUCAACAGUGUGUUAUUAGCUGCUUCAAUGAUUUUGCAAUGCAAGCUUCUUGUUCAGAGGAAUUGGAACAGAGAAGACUGAUAAGUUCUGAAGACGUAAAGCAAGCAUUAUUCAGAAGUGCAGGAUAUGGAGGAAGAUGCUUAUAAAGAAGAGUAGAAAAUGGAAGAACAUGAGGAGAAAUUUCAAUAGAUAGUUUUCAAAAUCUCUGUUUCAAGUGAGGUUACAGUGACUUCUACUCAUCAGACCUUUGUAAAAAAAGAAAUCUUCUUCUAUUGGAGAACAACAUAUCAUUUCAAUUGCUUUAAUGUGAUUAGGAAUAUUUUUGGGAAAUCUAUAAGACAGAGUUCAUGACAUGACUCCAUGUUAGCUAUUUGAAGCUUUUCUGUACACACAUCAUCUCUAAGAUUAAUCAACCAAAUUCUCUCUUUGUGGUUA